GAAGAAGAAGAAGAGUGUUAUACGGCACGUGCGAAUGUGAUGUCCGAAUUUUUUAAGCCAACGAAUAAGCAAAACAGAGCACAAAUCUCGUGAACUUGGGGGAUCCCAAAGUUUGAAACUUUCUUCUUCUUCCUUCCUCCCUCACGUAAUCUAUAACCACCCUAGCACCUCAAAUCAAAUGGCCGAAGAGGACGUUAGACACUCUCAGCAACACCUGAUCGAGCCCAUGGAUCCCGUUUCGUCUAUGGUUGUCAUCAGAGAAUCCCCAAUUUUCGCCAAGGACGACCGUCUCGUCUUCCCGCCGGUCAACCACGAGAAUCUCCAGCUCGCUUCUUCCAUCUCCGAAUUCGAUAACAGAUACCUCGAAUCCCCGUCGGAAUCCGACUCCCCGUCAUCUUCCUCGAGAGGCUCCGCUUCCUCUUUCUCCUUCCCGUCUGAUUCAGACGGACAACCUCCUCUCGCCGCGUGCGAGUUUUACCGGAAUCCUCCGUCGGAAAACGAAGAAAAAUCUCCGCCGUCCGAUUCAGGUGGACAAUCGCCGCCGCCGCCGCCGAGGAAGGUCUUGUAUCAUCGUGAGGCUGAUGAUGUGCUCCAGCAUUGGUGGGAGCUUCUUCUCGUACGUGCGUACUCCAAGUUCAAGAAUUUGAUGACGUGGUUCUCGACGACUCUACGACCGUUUUAUCCACUCCUUGCCGUUGCGGUCUGGUGGUGGAUGCGUGUGCGAGCUCGCCGGAGGCGUGUCGAUGGAGAAACCGCGUGUCGCCUUCGAGAUGCGAUCAAAGAGAGAGACGAGAGGAUAGUUCAGCUAUUGCAUCAGAUUGCUCAAAUGAAUGAGUUACUGAUAAAACACCACCACAAGGAGAUCGUAUCAAGAUAGAUGAUGAUGAUUCAAAAAACUCUCUUUAGCUUGAUUCUUUUGUUUCUUGUUUUAUAUUCUUUAUUACCAAAGUCCACUCUGUUUCUGUCAGUUCCUUUACAUUUCAAUCUCUCUAAUAAAUAAGACAAGACGUAGACUCUCCCUGUUCUAACUU